AUGAUGUUUUUCAACAUCCCUAAGAAUGAGCCCGUUCUCUGCCGAGCAUUCCCUACCUACCUCGACGGUGCUGCAUUACUCUGGUUCUCUAAACUUCCUGAAGGCUCAAUUUCCUCCUUUGAAGAUCUCGCCAGAUCGUUCAUUGAUUACUUUGCUCCAUCAAGAAUCUACGUACAUGGAUCGGACUACCUCGGCACCAUUAAGCAAGGUCAGCACGAGAGCCUGAAGGACUACGUGACCAGAUUCGCUGACGCAACUAUGGAAAUCCAGGAUUUAGACCCGGCCAUUCACCUGCACGCCCUCAAGGCCGGCCUCAGGCCCGGCAAAUUCCGGGAGACCAUUGCCAUAACAAAGCCAAAGACGCUAGAGGAAUUCCGAGAAAGGGCGGCAGGUCAAAUGGAGAUCGAAGAACUCCGAGAAGCCCAGAAAUCGGACAAACAACCUCAUCGGAGAGAUGAAGAAAGAACUUUCAGAUCCCUAGGUAGCAGAGACAUUAAGAAGACUUCCAAACUCGCAUCAAAAUACAAUACGUACACCAGAUUCAAUACCAGAAGAGAAAACAUCAUCAGAGAAAUUCUCAACGCCAAAAUCAUAAAGCCACCAGUUCGAGCAGGAAAUUUACCAGGAUCAAAGGUUUGCAGAUAG